GCAUGACGCGGAGGACGCUUCAUACAUCGCUAAACCUAAUCCGUUCCUAAAUUUCUCUCCGGUGCUUCCACCACCCACGCCUCUCUCCUUUGCCCAACAUUCGCAGCUUGUUUCCACAGCUACAUCGCAGUCUCCCGACGCCACGCUCGCUAUCCUCCUGGUCGCGCCUACCGCAUUCACAAGCGCCACUGCCGGUUCGAUGACCCUCGAUCAUGCGCCGCGCCCUCGAAGCAUCCACGACGACGGCACCCCAUUCAAACAGACACUCCUCCCACAAUCGCGCGAAACAGGCGACGUCAUUCCCCAAAAAAGGCCAGAUGGAACUCCGGUAGCAACUGCAGAAUCGCCUUUCGCAAAGUCAUGGGCGCACUUCAUCGCUGGCGGGCUCGGAGGCAUGGCGUCUGCUACCUUGACCGCCCCGCUCGACGUACUUAAAACUCGCCUCCAAUCCACGUACUACCAGCAGCAUCUCGCGGCAAUGCGCACAGCCCGCGGUCUGCCUCCUAUCGAAACAAUGUCCUUUGCGCGAAGCUCCCUUCUGCACAUCCGUGAGACAGGAGAAAUUCUUUGGCAGGUACCUAAAACAGAGGGCUGGCGAGCACUAUUCAAGGGUCUUGGUCCCAAUCUCAUUGGCGUUGUCCCCGCCCGCGCGAUCAAUUUCUACGCGUACGGCAAUGGCAAGCGAAUUAUUAGCAACCAGUUCAACGAUGGGAAAGAGUCUGCAAUGGUUCAUCUUUUUGCGGCCGCAUGUGCCGGUAUUGUUACCGGAACGGCGACAAAUCCUAUCUGGCUUGUCAAGACGAGACUACAACUCGACAAGAACACGCACGCGGACGGACGGGGCCGCCAGUAUAAGAACGCACUUGAUUGCACCAUGCAAACAAUUCGGAAAGAGGGGAUACGGGGCCUUUACCGCGGCCUUACGGCUAGCUAUCUGGGUGUCACGGAGAGCACUCUGCAGUGGAUGAUGUACGAGCAAAUGAAGCUAGCAUUGGCGAGACGAGAAGAGAGGGUUGCUGCUAGCGGCCGACCACCUACCACCUGGGACCAGACUGUGUCCUGGACGGGCAAAGUAUCAGCGGCUGGCGUUGCCAAGUUCGUCGCUGCUCUGAUAACAUAUCCUCAUGAGGUCGUACGAACUCGAUUGCGACAGGCCCCAUUGGAGAACGGCCAGCUGAAGUAUACUGGCCUAACCCAGUGCUUCAAGUUGAUAUGGAAAGAGGAGGGUAUGGCGGCGCUCUAUGGCGGGUUAGUCCCUCAUAUGUUCCGCGUUGUGCCGAGCGCUGCGAUAAUGUUUGGCACGUAUGAGGCUGUGUUGAAGUUACUUGGAACCAGCAGCAAUCUUUAAGUGCGUUGUAUGUGAGCAUGUACGAUGGGGUCAAUUUCUUUGGGAAUGGCGUACCAAGAAGGAAGAAGAUCAUCAUACCGGCGUUGAUACCCUCCCUUCUCUUCGAAUCUGUAUACUUUAUCUUAGACAUUAUUGGGGUCACUGUAAGUUACUGUACUUUUACGAUUAAAUCUAAGACUGGAUGGACGGGCCAAGCAUGGGAAGGGCACAAAUCUAGAGGAGCAGAUAGGUAGCACUUGCAAAAGUGACAUCUGAUAAACAUCCCC